AUGACUUCUAAUUAUCGCAAAAUGAAGGCCUUUGCAUCACUCCUCGGCUUUUCACAUGAUGUCUCUAGAGAAGCUAAACUCCGGCCUUACAAAUAUAUAAUCGAAUAUUUAUACUCUGAUUUUAAUAAUGAAAAAAAUCCAGAGAUCCAGAAGAAGAUUGAAGAAUCUCAGCAUAAUUUUAUUGACAUCGGCGUGUUUGAUAAUAUUCCAAUUAUCAAAAAACUCUCUGGAGCCCUUGAACCAGAAGAUAAAUUAGAUGCAAUGCAAGCAAUCGAUUUUUUCGAAGUAGAUACUACAGCACACACUAUUAAAUUGAAGAAACCAAUUACACCAGAUCCUAGAAGAAAAUAUCGUACAAUUCGUGUUUCUGGAAUAGAUAGAGAAGCUCCAACGCAUUUACAGUACCAAUUCUUCAAAUCAAACAAUUUGGAUGUUCGUGCAAUGUAUCCUUGCUACACAAUUGAUGGCGAUGAAGUUGUUUACUCAGGAACUACAAUUGUUGAGCUCGGAUCGGAAGGUGAAGCUAAAAUUGCUGCAUUAAGCAAGAUCGAGUAUGCUGGUGGCCUUCUUGAUGUUACCGUUUUCUCAGAUUAUCAAGAAAAGCUACAAAACCAAAGAAACGAACAAAAGGAAGAGACCAGAAGAUCCCCUCGCAAAUUUACACGUAAUUGA